CCCCGCCCUCGCUCCCCAGGGCUCUGUCCCAGAGCCAUCUCUCAAGUCCCUGGGCUCCUGGUUACUGUUCUUGCUUCUCUCAGGACAGGAAAAUAAAAAUCUGGACAUGGAAGAAGUCUCGAGGGAGAAGGAAGGAAUGCCUUUGAUGCAAGGACAGAUGGAAAAGGGUAAAGCGCCACAGGAGGACGGACAGACAGAAGUAGCCUUUUCUCUGGGAGACAAAGAAAUGUCAGAAAGCCAGGCAAAGGCAGGAGAUGAGGGGAUGCUGCCAAAGCGCCAGGAGCAGCCAGAGCCUGAGAGAAAAGCAAAACAGGAAGGAAGACCAGAGAGCCAGGCAAAGCCAGAAAGUAAAGGAAGUUCUGCAGGCAAGCGCCCAGCUGAGGACCUCCUGCCCAGAAAAGCCAAAAGAAAAACCAACAAGGGGCUGGCCCAUUGCCUCAAGGAGUAUAAAGAGGCCAUCCACGAUAUGCACUUCAGCAAUGAGGACAUGAUUAGAGAAUUUGACGACAUGGCAAGGGUAAAGGAGGAGGAGAGAAAGAACAAGCAGAAGAUGGGGCGGAUCUUUUGGAUGCAAAGAAGUUUGCAGGACCCCUUCUACCCAAGGGGCCCGAGGGAAUUCAGGGGUGGCUGCAGGGCCCCGCGAAGGGACAUUGAAGACAUCCCUUAUGUUUAGUUCCAGGGCAGCAUCUGCUGGGCAGAGUGCUCUAACUUAUGCUGCUGCUUCGAUUGAGGCUUUCCUCCUGGUAGCUGCAGCCUGUUUGAGCCUUCUGCCUGCCAUGUUCAGAUUCCAGUGUAGUCGGUUUCCCCUCACUGCGUGGAAAGAGUAAUACUCAGAGUGUGUUGUCAAAUUCAAGGACAUGAGCCUCAGAACCCUCUAUGUGGCAUCAGCCUACUUCUGUCAAACUGCAACAGAUAGUAAUGU